GUUGUGCGAAGCAUGUUACUGCGAAGUGUAUGGUGCGCCCAAAAUGUGCAGCUUAUGUCUUAUAAAAGCGUCGUCAACUCUGUGAGCGUUUGUAAGGCAUGCAGUGUGGUACAAUGUAGAAGCAAGUCGGCCAAACCGAAGUUCGAAUCCUCAGAGGAAAAAUUCUUUGAAAGAGUAAACAACGAUAAGGAGGUUGAUCAAGAUUACUUAAAGAAACAACUGUCAUUUGUACAGACCUCAGUCACAGGUGGUGUGAAAUCGUAUGCGAAGAUUUUGAAGGACCAUGGAGUUGAUUCUACGAGCACUGCCGGGGAAAAAUUAGUCCAAAAUGCUCCGACUUAUAUUCAACCGUACUUGAAACUAGCCAGAGUAGACAAACCAGUAGGUUACUGGCUUCUGCUUUGGCCUGGUCUCACUGGGCUGGCUUUAGGAUCCGGGGGUAUUCCGGGAUUAGUAAUAUCGGCUAAGUUCUGUAUGGGUGCUAUUCUUAUGAGGAGUAUCGGGUGUACUAUCAAUGAUAUUUGGGACAGCGAGUUGGACAAAAAUGUCCAGAGGACGAUGUCGCGACCUCUAGCUUCUGGCGAUUUGACUAUCAAACAUGCUGUUAUUUCUGGUGGAUUACAAAGCGCAGCAGCUUUAGCUAUUUUGCUCAGCCUCAAUAACGCAACUGUUGGAUUAGGCCUACUGGCGUUACCUUUAGUAGGCACUUAUCCUUAUAUGAAAAGAAUCACUUAUUACCCUCAAGCUUUCCUCGGUCUGUGUAUGAAUUAUGGACUGCUAAUGGGCGUUACAGCCACAACUGGUGCGUUGAGUUUGCCAGCUUGUGCGAUGUAUGCUUCUAUGGCUUCAUGGACCGUAUUUUACGACACAAUUUAUGCUCUUCAGGACAAAAAAGAUGACAUGUUGAUCGGAGUGAAAUCGACCGCUCUCAAAUUUGGGCCACAUGUUGAUAAGUAUCUGCUAGGAUUCGCAGCAGCGACUUCAACUGGGUUAUUUUUGUCCGGAAAACUGGCGGAGAUGGGAGGUUGUUAUUACUUCGGAGUCGGAGUGGCAUCUUUGUUCAUGUUGAAUCAAGUCCAAACUUUGAAACCUGACAAUGCUGAUGACUGUAUGAAAAAAUUUGUUGACAAUACUAAAGUAGCGGUUGCAAUUUUUACUGCUGUGAUGUUGGGAUCUUAUUUCUGAUAAAUGAUAAUAAUUUAUGAGAACGCUAUUGUAAAUUGAAAAUAUUAACUCUCUGAAAGAA